ACUCUGGACUUGAGCAGGUGGACAUUUUCAUUAGGGUAUAAAAGCAAAAGUCUUGAGACUCGGAGUCACUGAGACUUGAGAAAGCAAUCACCUGCAGAGAAAAUGAGUUUGUCUCGAAACAACAAUAACGCCACCGUGGAGCUGAACAACUGCGUCGUGAACGCGUCUUUCGAGAACCAUGAAGAAGACAGCGCGAGAGCCGCGCACGAGCCGGAGAACGAGCAGCGCGUGUCGGAAAGCGCGUACACUCAGAUCAAACCGUACGCGGGGAUGCCGAAAGAAGUGCUGCUCUUAUACUCGAGACAGGCUCGAUACCGGAUACCGAGAGAGAUCCUCUUCUGGCUGACGGUGGCGUGCACACUGGCGCUCAUAGCGCUCACCAUCACAGUCAUAGCGCUCUCUCCAGCCUGCCUGAGCUGGUGGCAGACCACGCCGGUGUACCAGGUCUACCCCCGCUCCUUCAGGGACUCGGACGGAGACGGCGUCGGAGACCUCAAGGGCAUCAAAGAAAAACUCAGCCAUUUCCUGUACUUAAACAUUAAAGCAAUAUGGAUCAGCCCUUUCUAUAAGUCUCCCAUGAAGGAUUUUGGCUAUGAUGUCGAAGACUUCAGGGAUGUUGAUCCCCUCUUUGGAACCAUGGCUGACUUUGAUGACCUGCUGUCCAGCAUGCAUAGCAUGGGUCUAAAACUGAUAAUGGACUACAUUCCCAACCACACCAGCGAUAAGCACCUUUGGUUCCAGCUCAGCCGAAACCGCACAGAGUACUAUUCUGACUUCUACAUCUGGGUAAACUGUACUGAGGACAAACCACCUAACAACUGGCUAAGUGUGUUCGGGAACUCCAGCUGGACGUAUGACCCGGUCCGUGGGCAGUGCUACUUUCAUCAGUUCCUCAAAGAGCAGCCAGAUCUCAACUUUCGUAACCCAGACGUCGUAAAGGAGAUGACGGACAUAAUCCAUUUCUGGUUAAAGAAAGGAGUGGACGGGUUCCGCAUGGACGCAGUCAAGCACAUGCUCGAAGCCACGCACUUAAGAAACGAACCCCAGGUUGAUCCUGAACAACCUCCUGAAACCGUGAAUACAGAAUUUGAGCUCUACCAUGACUACACAUACACACAGGUAGGCAUGCACGACAUCCUUCGGAACUGGAGAGUAGACCUGGAUGGAUACAGCAGAGAACCAGGACGCUACCGUUUUAUGGUGACAGAAUCAUAUGACUAUGAAGAAAUUGAAAAAACCAUGAUGUACUACGGAACCAAUUUUGUUAAAGAGGCCGAUUUCCCCUUUAACUUUUAUCUGCUGGAUCUCCCUGAUGGCCUGUCUGGAUUGAGAGCAAAGGAACUGGUUGAACUCUGGAUGUCAAAUAUGCCCAAGGGAAAAUGGCCAAACUGGGUGGUGGGAAAUCAUGACAAGCCACGCAUGAGCUCCAGAGCCGGUCAGGAAUAUGUUCGUGUUGUCAACAUGCUGCUGUUGACCCUACCUGGAACCCCUACCACGUACUAUGGGGAGGAGAUUGGCAUGGAGAACGUCAAUGUUUCUGUUAUCCAGGAUCCUUUUGGAAAAUUCGAUCCAAAUAACAGCCGGGAUCCUCAGAGGACACCCAUGCAGUGGAGCAACGGUUUAAAUGCUGGCUUUAGUGAGAGCAAGAAUGGUACCUGGUUGGACAUAGGUCCAAAUUUCAACACCAUCAAUGUAGAGGUUCAGCGAAAUGACCGUGCCUCAGUGCUGGAGCAGUACCGCAUUCUGGCUCAGCUCAGAGAAAAGGAAUUACCCCUGACUCGAGGCUGGCUCUGCUACGUCUGGGCAGAUGAUAAUGUUUUUGCCUAUUUGCGUGAACUAGAUGGACUAGACCGGGCUUUUCUUGUACUCCUGAACUUUGGUCAAGAUACAGAAACAAACCUCUCAUCUAUUAGCGAGCUACCAGAUCAUCUGAAUGUUCUGUUCAGUACACAUUCUGGGACUCCCACCAGCUUCUCCAAAUCCAAAAUCAGAACCUCAAAGGGCCAGGGAUUGUUGCUGACGUACUCCACCAGUAAGCGCUUUCAUGCCAGCCAUGAGGCUGAGUGUUACAUUUCUGAGAAGGCAUGCUUUCUAAGUGCCCUUAAUAUUUUGUACAAGUGUUGAGAAUGUGACAUGAAUAAAAGCACAGAGUUGCAGUGCCAAGCAUUUCUGUCAAGUUUAACUGCUGUCUUAUUUUGUAAUUUCCUAAAUUCAUGUUUUACAUGUUCAAUAAAAACUUUCAUGCUUUUAA